AUGGAUAUAGGCUAUGUGUUGAUGAUGGAUAUAGGCUAUGUGUUGAUGAUGGAUAUAGGCUAUGUGUUGAUGAUGGAUAUAGGCUAUGUGUUGAUGAUGGAUAUAGGCUAUGUGUUGAUGAUGGAUAUAGGUUAUGUGUUGAUGAUGGAUAUAGGCUAUGUGUUGAUGAUGGAUAUAGGUUAUGUGUUGAUGAUGGAUAUAGGUUAUGUGUUGAUGAUGGAUAUAGUGGUUAUGUGGAUAUAGAUGUAGAUGGAUAUAGGCUAUGUGUUGAUGAUGGAUAUAGGCUAUGUGUUGAUGAUGGAUAUAGGUUUAUGGCUGAUAGGCUUGUUGAUGAUGGAUAUAGGUGUGUGAUUUGAUGAUGGAUGCAUAGGUUAUGUGUUGAUGAUGGAUAUAGGUUAUGUGUUGAUGCUUGGAUAUAGGCUAGUGUUGAUGUUGGGUUAGAGGAUAUAAUUUGUGUUGAUGAUGGAUAAGGCAAUGUGUUGAUGAUGGAUAUAGGCUAUGUGUUGAUGAUGGAUAUAGGCUAUGUGUUGAUGAUGGAUAUAGGUUAUGUGUUGAUGAUGGAUAUAGGCUAUGUGUUGAUGAUGGAUAUAGGUUAUGUGUUGAUGAUGGAUAUAGGCUAUGUGUUGAUGAUGGAUAUAGGCUAUGUGUUGAUGAUGGAUAUGUAUUAUUUUAUCACAGAAUUGUACAUACACGAUUGAUUUCCUAGAGGACAGACUCAGUACUCACACUUACAGUAAGCCUGUGUCUGCACAUGCCUGUAAGUGUUUCCCUAUGUUAGACAUAUUUGAAUUCAGACUGCCUGCAGGACUUAGGUUAUAGGUCACGGUCCUCCAUACCCACCUAUCAGGUCUGUCCUGAACAUGUCCCUCAAGGUGUCCACGGAGAGAAUAGCUCAAUAAAACUGAGGCAAGCAAGACCCUGAACACAACACAAUCAUGAAUGUGCAAAACAAAACUCCCUGUCCUUUACAUGGUAGAAGGGCAGGGGGUUUUGCACAUUGACUUUGACUAACUCAAGACGCUCUCCUCAAAGCAUGAGGUGUCUGUAACGGCUAUUUCUAAAAGCCAGCAUCCAGAAAUUGAGUUGAAUUCAGCCAUUACUUUAAGAAACUCCCAAGAAACGUCUCAAAAUAUAUAUAUAUAUAUAUAUAUAUAUAUAUAUAUAUAGUCUUGCUCUAGAGGACUUCUGAUUAAAAUCCGCAGAGAGCAAAGCGUGGCGCUCAACUGGUACUCAGAGCUGAGAGGAGGCCUGGCAAGGAGCCUCGGCCUAAAUCUGUGAGUUCUGCUCUGUUGGCAAAGCUUAAAAGUCAACCAAGAAUCCCUCUAAAGCAGUGCUGAGUCCCAAAUGUCACCCGAUCUCCCUAUGUAGUGCACUGCUUUCGACCAGGACCCAUAGGGUACCAUUUGGGACACAAGCCUUGGAAUGGCCCGUUGGAAGUUGACCACGCCAGAUAAUUAAGUGGACUGAAGUUUGAUGCUGAUAUAUACCACAACAUUUAGAAUGAAAUGGCUGCAGAUAGAUAGAACUGUCUGUUGAUGUAGCCUCCCACUGGGCGCAGACGUCAGUUCAAUGUCUAGUUUUGAUUUUACAUUUGGUUGAGAUGUCAUCUAACGUGGAAAAAAAAAAAAAAAAAAAACAUUUCACCAUGUCAUUGGAUUGAGGUAAAAAGUUAGGUGGGAGAAAAAAAAAUAAGAAAUUCCCAUUACGUUGAUGACUUUUUGCAAAUCCAAUCAGUUAUCCACAUUGAUUCAACGUCAUCACAUUGAACUUUUUUUUAUUGAAAUGACGUGGAAACUACGUUGAUGCAACCAGUCUUGAUGACUCAUUGUUUUCUCUCCUUAUUGUACUGUUUUACUGCCGUUCAAAAACGUUGACUUUGUUUCAAGUGGUUAUGUUGAAAUAUGUCUUUAAGGUUACAGUUUUGGGUUUGGCUGAGACGUUGCUUAGUAACUCGCCGCAUUUCAAUGUGGUCAAAGUAUACAUUUUUAUUUAUAAAAUUUUUUUAUGAACAUUUUAACCUGACCUCUAGUCUAGAUAAUAUCUUUGUUGAAAGAACAACAUCUCUCAAACACAUUUUGUAAUGUAAUCUAGUCCGAUUUAAUGCAUGUAAUUUAUCAGGCGUUCAUUGGUUACUGACUAACUGUGUAAGGGUCCCUCCCUAUUUAAAGGAAAUUGACUGGUAUAUAGAGAAUCCCCCACUGCCUUUUGAAACUUUGACUUGUGAAAUGCUAAGUGCCCAGCCUCUGCUCAAAGGUCAAAGUCUCUGUCUUGGCUCUCCACCCUUCUCCCCUUAACAGUAUUGAUUGCUGUAAUCAGUGGAUGUAGGAGUGCCAACCAUUGUUAAAUCCAUGAUGGGAAAUGUGGGGACCGGAUACAAGAAUUGAGACUUAGCCCAUGUACACUAUAUAUACAAAUUACAUAAUAUUUACAGCAGUAUGUGGACACCCUUUCAAAUUAGUGGAUUUGGCAAUUUCAGCCACACCCGUUGCUGACAGGUCUAUAAAAUCGAGCACACAGCCAUCAUAGGAUGCCACCUUUCCAACAAGUCAGUCCGUCAAAUGUCUGCCUUGCUAGAGCUGCCCUGGUCAACUGUAAGUGCUGUUAUUGUGAAGUGGAAAAGUCUACGAGCAACAACGGCUCAGCCGCGAAGUGGUAUGCCACACAAGUUCACGGAACGGGACUGACGAGUGCUGAAGCAAGUAGAGCGUAAAAAUUGUCUGUCCUCUGAUGCAACGCUCACUAUCGAGUUCCAAACUGCCUCUGGAAGCAACAUCAGCACAAGAACUGUUUGUCGGGAGCUUCAUGAAAUGGGUUUCCAUGCCCGAGCGGCCGCACACAAGCCUAAGAUCACCAUGCGCAAUGCCAAGCGUCGGCUGGAUUGGUGUAAAGCUCGCCGCCAUUGGACUCUGGAGCAGUGGAAACGCGUUCUCUGGAGUGAUGAAUCACGCUUCAUCUGGUAGUCCGACGGACAAAUCUGGGUUUGGCGGAUGCCAGGAGAACGCUUCCUACCCCAAUGCCAUGUGCCAACUGUAAAGUUUGGUGGAGGAGGAAUAAUGGUCUGGGGCUGUUUUUCAUGGUUCGGGUUAGGCCCCUUAGGUCCAGUGAAGGGAAAUCUUAACGCCACAACAUACAAUGACAUUCUAGACGAUUCUGUGCUUCCAACUUUGUGGCAACAGUUUGGGGAAGGCCCUUUCCUGUUUCAGCAUGACAAUGCCCCCGUGCACAAAGCAAGGUCCAUACAGAAAUGGUUUGUAGAGACCAGUGUGGAAGAACUUGACUGGCCUGCACAGAGCCCUGACCUCAACCCCAUCGAACACCUUUGGGAUGAAUUGGAACGCUGACUGUGAGCCAGGCCUAAUCUCCCAACAUCAGUGCCCGACCUCACUAAUGCUCUCGUGGCUGAAUGGAAGCAAGUCCCCGCAGCAAUCCUCCAACGUCUAGUGGAAAAGCCUUCCCAGAAGGGUGGAGGCUGUUAUAGCAGCAAAGGGGGGGACCAACUCCAUAUUAAUGCCCAUGAUUUUGGAAUGAGAUGUUUGACGAACAGGUGUUCACAUACCUUUGGUCAUGUAGUGUAUGUUUCAAUAAUGUUGGCUGAGGGUCUCUUAUUCUCUUCUCUCAUAGGCUGAGUGCUGCUGUCAUCUCUCUUCUCUCAUAGACUGAGUGCUGUCAUCUCUCUUCUCUCAUAGGCUGAGUGCUGUCAUCUCUCUUCUCUCAUAGGCUGAGCGCUGUCAUCUCUCUUCUCUCACAGGCUGAGUGUUGUCAUCUGUCUUCUCUCAUAGGCUGAUAUCACGAAGUGCGUGGUGAACACAGACCCCAGUUUCCGCUCCCAUUGGUUGAUGUCUGCUGCCUGUGCCUGUGGACAUUACCUGAAGGCCAUGGUGUUCUACCUGCUCCGGGAUAAGUGA